AUGAAAUUUGUCAGUAUCAUCAACACCCUCACAAGCCUCACCGCGGUCACACUCGGCUCCGCCGUGACUCGUGCAAUGCUCCCAGAUUGCACCAACGACAAGAAAGGCGUCACAGCCUGCGGCUCCUUCAACAGCUAUGGGAAUGACGUCUUCCAAUGCAACAACCUCCGCUGGGACUGGAUCAAGCGCUGCAAUGACCCCAAUGUUCCCUGCAACAACGGUGCAUGCGUCCCUUCGCACGCCGCCAUUCAGCAACGAACGACCGAGUGCUCCGAAAGCCAAAAGCGAUGUCUGACUGCAUUUGACCGCGGCCAUGACGGCAUCGAAAUUUGCAAGAACGGAAAGUGGGAGGUCAUCGACCCAUGCCGUUGUAACAGAGAUCCUGAACCUCAGUGUAUGCCGAUCGUCUCUCGCGACAUCAUCGGUCCCCACCAGUGCACUGAGGACGAACCAAAGUGCAUGUUGCGGAACGAGAAUGGAAACGGGGGUGUACUUUUCAGAUGCAAGAAUGGAUUCUGGAAAACGCAGAUGCACUGUCGUCCGUCGGAACGUUGUCAUGACAAUCUGACCUUCUCUACAUGUUCGUGGCUGGACGCUGCUGCCGUCACCGACGACAACGACACAUCCACUACUCAAGUUAGAAGGGACGAUGAUGAACCUACUGGCCAACGUCCACUUACUCCUACCUGUGCUGACGGGGAGAAGCGCUGCUAUACGAAACAUGACCUUCAUAGCGAUACAUACGCUGUCUUUGUGUGCGAGAAUGGCAAGUUCAGGUUUCAAUGGAAUGUGGAGAUUCCCCUUGCCGUUUUGAUGAGCAGGGCCCUUACUGUUCAGACCAUCUCACCAGUAAGCUAA